CGUCCCGGCGCAGCCCCGCCUGGCGGGGCCGCCAGGAGAGCGGGCAGCGCCCGGGGCUGCGCAGCUCGCCCUGCCCCGGAGGGCGGCAGGAGGCCCCGCUGGGGCGCUGAGCUGGUCCCAAGCGCUCGGCUGCUCCAGCCGCCCGUGCCUGGUUGGCUUUUCUCCUGAAAACCUUGCCACAGCGAGGUUCAUGUGCCGCUUUCCGACUCAUCUUUCCAGAUGUUGACGCUGCUUCUGUUCAGUGGUUUUAUAGAGAGUAGUAACAAAGUGGGAUGAUCCUGAAGGUAAAACGUUCCGCGGUCGGAUGCUGAGCCCGAGCUGCCCGGAGGGGCCCGGUUUCGCCUGGCCUGGCCCCUGGGUCUGUGUGCCUGCAGGAGGAGCGUUCUCUGGAGGCAAAAGCAGCUUCCCGGCACCGAGUUUAAGAUUAAAGAAUGAACAGAUGAAAAAUCUGUCACUGCAGAUUCAGUCUUCCCCGCCCCCCCCCGGAGAUCUUGACUUGUCAGAGCAGUGUCUUUCAUUUGUUACACAGGAGAAAUAAGCCUAACCGAUGCACUUUUUUUUCAGAUUGUUUUUUUUAAUUAGACAAGAUGGUGACGUUACUUCGCACUUUAGCAGAUCACGGCGACGACAUCAGCUGCUGUGCCUUCUCAGCACUGCACCUGGCCACCUGCUCCUUGGACAAAACAGUCCGCGUUUAUUCCUUAAGCACCUUGGCCGAGCUGCCGUACUCGCCGCUGGCGGGCCACCGCUACGCCGUGCACUGCUGCUGCUUCUCGCCCUCGGGGCGGGUGCUGGCCUCCUGCUCCACGGACGGCAGCACCCUGGCGUGGGACGCGGGCGCGGGGCGGCUGCUGGCCGUGCUGGAGCAGCCCCGCGGCAGCCCGGUCCGCGUCUGCCGCUUCUCGCCGGGCGCCUCGCUGCUGUCCGGGGCCGCGGACGGCGGCCUGGUGCUGUGGGACACGCGCUCCUGGAGGCCGCGCGGAUCUGGGAAUGUUAAAGAUGGUUCUUUGGUGGCCUGUGCAUUUUCUCCUAAUGGAAAUUUCUUUAUCACUGGAUCAUCGUGUGGCGAUUUAACCAUUUGGGAUGAUAAAAUGAGAUGCCUGUAUAAUGAGAAAGCACAUGAUCUCGGCGUUACCUGCUGUGAUAUUUCUUCACAGCCAAUUUCUGAUGGUGAGCAUGGAUUCACAUACUUCCAGAUGGCUUCUUGUGGUCAAGAUAAUCAGAUCAAACUCUGGCUUAUUUUAUUUACAGACUUCUCAGGUGUGGAAUUAAAAUAUAAGUGCACACUGAAUGCACAUUCUGCCCCAGUUCUGGCUUGUGCAUUUUCUUGUGAUGGGCAAAUGUUAGUUUCAGGGUCUGUGGACAAGCGUGUCAUAAUACAUGAAACAAGUACUGGUAAUACCCUUCACACUUUGUCUCAGCAUAGCAGGUAUGUUACAACUUGUGCUUUUGCACCAUGUAGGCCCUUACUUGCCACAGGUUCAAUGGAUAAAACUGUGAACAUAUGGCAGUUGGAUCUUAAGCAACCCUAUGCAGGAAAUACUGUGGAAAAUGAGUCUAAAUUGGAUGUUGAGGACUGGUCAGAGGAUGAUGUUUCAGCCUGGCUUUGUGCAGAAGACUUAGCAGACUUUGUUGGGCUUUUCAAAAAGAACAACAUUGAUGGCAAGGAACUGCUGAAUCUUACUAAAGAAAGUCUGACUGAUGAAUUAAAAAUUGAGUCUCUAGGCCUGCGCAGUAAAGUCCUCCAGAAAAUUGAAGAAUUGAAGAUGAAGAUGAUCUCUCUUCCUGUUACUAUCCCUGACGAAUUCUUAUGUCCUAUAACAAGGGAGCUGAUGAAGGACCCUGUCAUUGCAGCAGAUGGCUAUUCCUAUGAACGGGAAGCAAUGGAAAACUGGAUCAGCACUAAAAGACGAGCUAGUCCCAUGACAAAUCUUCCUCUCCCCUUCCUUAUGCUGACACCAAACAGGACACUAAAAAUGGCCAUCAACCGCUGGCUGGAGACGCAGCAGAAGUGCAGCUGAACCACGUGCUCUGCAGAGCAGUAAAAUAUCUGAGGAUGCAGCUGAGUAAGUCUGAGGCCUAGAUGCUUCCUGGGGAGCACACCCUUCAUCAGGAAUGUGUCCAUGAGGGGGCUGGAUGGGAGAGGGGCCUCAGCACAGCAUGGGUGGCUCAGCUGCUGGAACUCAGUGCAUGAAUUCAAGGCACCCAAAGGGCACUUUCCUCCUGCUUCCCGUGGGUUGAAGGAGAGAGCUAACCCAUCCCUCAGGACCACCUGAAUGACCCACCCUUGCAUUGGAAAUAAUCCAGACUCUCCAAGAGAUGCUUGGAAAACAUAAUAAACUGAAGAUUUUAGACAGUUUUGCUAAAAACACUGAAAUCCUCCAAGGAUGAUAAGAAAAGCAAAUCUUUUUGUUGACAGGUAAAUACAUUUUUUCUCUUUACAGAUAUUUUACAAAUUAAUUUCUUUUCAUAAAUAUUGGGUGUUUUUAUUAUUUAAUUCACCUUAACACUCAAAGUGGUCAAAAUUUACUGUUAAAACUGGCAAGGAAAAUAUUUUAUUUCAUUCUGCUGGAGACCUGGCAGGUAGUUAUUGCAGACUGAGCACUCUCCAACACCUGUUACUCUGCAAAGGAUCCAUUUAAAGCACUUGGGCAAAUAAAGUACAUUGGAAAACAAUGAACAAGUUCAAUGACAAUGACACAGCUCCAGCAAGUCCUUUCCAUCACUAUAAAAUUAAGCACUUUGUAACCAGGUACCAGCAGGGAGUUCAAUCUCUUGUCACAAACUGUAACACGUGCCACUACCCUGUCCUGCCCUGUUACUCAGGUCCAACCUGUGCAGCAGCUGGAAGAGGAACUGAAGAAUAUGACUUGGUGGCACCUUCUCCCUGAGCAACCUUCAACACAGCUGGAGACAUGUGACAGAGGCUUCCCAGAGGUGACAGAACUGCCUCUGCCCAUAAAAUUUGUUCUCCUUUAGGCUGGAAGAUGUCCCCUGCCUAAAGGUUGGCUAUAAAGCCCUAAGCCCAUUUCAGGAUCAGUGAACUUGAUAAAUUAUCCAGGCAUAUUCAUAAGACUCCUAUACAGAAUAUGGGAGAAUCCAAGCAGGUCCAUCUUGAUUCAUGACAGCAAAGUGUCAAGGGUCUCUGUUAUGCAAAGCCAGUCAAUACAGAACAAAUACAAGAGACAAGGUGGCAGAUACUUUUGGGCCCUUAUAAAAAAUCCCCACAAUUUACCAGCUUUGUAGCUCCAACAGACUCUGCAAAGUGCCUGUACAAGGCACCCAGCACUGUGCUGCACUAGGGAAGUGCAGGUGAAUCCCACAGUUACAGAUACCAUUCCAGUCUCUCUGAGCAAUGUAACACCACUAGUAAAAGCAAUGUAUCAAAAGAGCUGCCACCUUCCUCAUCACAUAUUUAAAUAGCACACAAAAGAACAUGAAGAAAAGGAUAUGCCUAAAUGCCCCUUAAUUCAACAUGGCAUUUUCCGACACGCACCUUACAUUUGGAAUUGCUCUUAAGAAGCAAACGACUGCUACAGAUCUUCACAGAGCAACUUGCUAAAGAGGCAGAAAGUGUACUUAUCCAUCUCUGGGUUGUUGUUUUUUUUUAUGUAUGUAUGUAUUUUACAUGGGAGUUUUCAAUGAUUCUUUCCCUGGGUUCUCAAGAUUUCUUGGUCUCAUUCCCAACACAGAUGUUUUCUGUUCAAACAAGAUGUGUACUUGCACAAAGUAUAAAGAACUUUCAUCUGCCUUCAGACAGAAGUGCCAUUAUAGUGUUCUGCUAUCAGAAAAAAUAAACAACU